GGUUGGUUUCUCGGUGGUGAUCAACGUUACUAGAUGUGGUGAUCGCGCAUGCUAUGAACCGAGAGAUCCGCGUGCUCCACUGCAGCGCGCACUUCCUUGUGGUGGACAAGCCGGCCGAUCUGGUGAUCAACACACAGAAAGCGCACGAGCACCCGGUGAGCGUCGAGUCUCUCCUACGCCGACAGCACCCGGAGCUGGUGGACCCGGAUGUCGAGCACGGCUUCCGCUUCUGCCACCGCCUGGACUUCGCCACCAGCGGCGUGCUGUGCCUGGCGCUCACACGCGCCGGGGCCCGGGCUGCGCAGGCAGCAUUGGGACCUCCUCUUCGAACAGCACGCAAGUGUUAUGCAGCCUUGCUGGAUGGACACGUAGUCUUGCCUACAGGGUGGCGUGGCAUUGAGAUCGACCUGGCUGUGGGAGAGGACGGCAGGGAGGGCCACCAGCACAAGAUGUGCACAGCCAAUGUCGAGUACUGCGUGAACCCCAGAGAAGCCCAGACACGGCUGCUUCUGCUUGGUUGGGGCCUGUUUCAUGGACAGCCGGCCACACAGGUGGUGCUGAAGCCAGUGACGGGUCGGCGACACCAGCUGCGAGUGCACUGUGCCACAUUGGGCCACCCUGUCGUAGGCGACACCACUUAUGGCGGCCUGGGUGCUGCUGCACACAGUCGCAUGUACCUGCAUGCAUGGCGGCUCCGGCUGCCCACUCAGCUGGCCGUGGUUGAUGUGAGCACUGGAAGUGAGCACCCGUUUUGCCACCAUCAGGCCUGGCAGGAUGUGCCAUCUCAAGACAGAACGAAGUGGACUGUGAACGACGUGUUUGAGCAGCUCGAGUGCUCAGAGCUGUUCCUUGCCUGGAGCAUGCAAUCGCCAAAGUGCCGCACUGACAAGAUCCAGGGCAGGGGAUGUGUGGAUGAUAGCAAGUGACUUAGACUGGCCACUUUCACUGAGUACAAAAGGUGCCCAUUCAUUGGCAUCAAAUGUUGAUGACUGAUAUUGUGGCUACUUUGAUCUUCAGCCUAAAUUGGACUCGUUUGUCAGUGAUGAAGACGGCCAUGUGGUAUGCAAAGGCAGAAAUUGUCUUAUUUGAAGGAUCUUUCAAUUCAUCUCCACUGAGGAGGAAAGUAGAGCAUGCAGUUGGGUCAACAAGUGUCAAAAAGAAAUGAAUGGGUGCUGUUGCAGAGAAUAGGAAAACUGGUGUGCCAUCGCUUGUGUAGAGUGCACCAGAAGGAAGGAAAAACUUUAUUGAGCGAGUGAGUGUGGGCCAUCACAUUGCGCCUAUGUGUCCAGACCACACAGGGCCAGGGCACUGGCGCCCCGGUUCACAAAGCGAAGCUGUGCGUCCAGAUCCUGCGACGCAAGGAAGGCCUCCCAUGUUCUGAUGGCGGGCGGCCCCUGCGGGGGAGGAGUAUAUGAAUGCCAGUGAGACAGACAUGUUUAAUGCAGGUUCUUUUAGGAUAAGAUUGAAAUUUCUCCGUGACCUCUAGAAUAGUGUGUAACCAUCUUGCACAUCAGUGGCCUCCAUUUUUCUUAUCUUUCACUUUUGUUAACAUUUAAUUUUUUGCAUCAUUGAACUUGUAGCUUAAUAGCAUGACCGAAAUAAGAGCUUUAGUUUGUUUGCUGAGAAAGAGCAUUCAGGAUUGAUAUAGCUUAUGACCGAGGUAUUUACCCAUCUGGUAGUGAUUCCCUAAACUAUUCCAACAGUGCAGCUCAAGGAAUCUAGCUUCUUUCGUAUUUCCGCAAGGUUCAUGAGUCACGCAUAGCUUGUCACAGCUCUCAUCUUUAUGCUCAAAAAAGGACGAGCCUUUUUGCACACUUUUCUUACUUUUUGAAUGAGGGUUUUCAAUUCUUAUUCUUGCUGCCAUUAAUGCAAGUUAGCUACUUUUGCUCUUGAAAGUUUGAUUCUGGCUGUGGUGGUCUCAUUUUGAUGGAGGCCAAGUGCUGGAGACCCACGUGCUGUGCGAUGUCAGUGCACAUUAAAGAACCCAAGGUGAUCAAAAUUAUUCGGAGCCUUCCCCUGUGGCAUGCCUCAUAAUCAUAUGAUUCUGGCACAUAAAACCACAGAAAUGAUUAUCACCUUUGCUCCUGCUUUUAUAUCACCGGUUUUCUGAUGAACCAGGAGUUCAGGGGAAGAUGAACAAUCCUUGAACACGUGGUGUUGCUGGAGCCAACAUUUUGACAAGCGUCUUCUUCAAGGCUGCAACUGUUUUCCUGAAGCCUUGAAGAAGCCAAGUCCGCUUGUCGAAACGUUGGCUCCGAGGACGUCCUGUAUUCACGAAUUUUUAAUGUGUUUUUCAUGUCACAGUUUGUUAAUACACAUUAUAUAUAUAAGUUAGGCGUGUAUGGAGAAAGAAUACAACCCCGCCCUACUUCACCUUUAAAUCAAUGCUGAUUAUCUUCAGUUUGCAAGCUCUGCCUGAGGAUUAAGCAUCUCCUUUCCGUCUCCUGUCAAGUGGCAGCGCUGUUGUCGCAGUAAGCUAGAAAAAUUCACUCACCUGGGCCUUCUGCUGCACAUGCAUUUCCGGUGCACUUUUUUUUUUUCAGUGUUUCUUUUACCAAUUUGCAAAAUUGUAUUCUUUUUACACAGUAAUACGUAACGAAAAGUAGAAGUAACAGCUGCUAUUUCUGCCUGGCUAUGGUCCAACGUCUAAUAUUUCCAGAUUGAAUUCAGCAUUUUCAUUUACGAAAUCAUUAAGUAGCGCUUGAGAAAACGCCAGAUUGAAGUGAAACACAUCCCAAACACAACAAACGCCUGCAAAACCAUACGCAUAAGUUGCAAGGAGGUUUUACACACAAUUGCUUAUUAAAGAAUAGGCUGUAGCAAAUAAUGCUAACAAUAAUAAUGAACAAACAGUGUAGGAAAGUAGGAAGCUUAAGUGUCCUUUAUGAUGUCAUGCAACUACGGUCAUCGCUCAUUGACAGAUCUGUUGGGUUUUUGUGUACACACGAAAAAAGGGCUUGUAAACUUGCUUGAAAAAAUAACCCAAGUGUUACAUGCACAGCCACACGCUAUAAACCUCAGUUCGUAUUGUUUGCAGCAUGCAGGAAAAUCCCUUUAAACUUCACAUGAACUCUGCAAUGUGUGCAAAGGACUGAGUUCUAAAUAUUAUGCAUUAAGCUUCUGUAUAUUGAACAUGGGAGCACAAUAUUGAUUGGAUUUGGCUACUAAAACCUUGUGGCAAUAGUGGUUGAGGUUAACGGAUGAAAACAAGCUAUGCUAUUGCCACUCAUUUUCAGCACGCCAAGGAGAACGUGCAAUUUAAAAAUUUUGAGGUGUGCACAAUUUUGUUUACCAUGGUUUCUGUUGAACUGUUUUCAGUGAUGUAUGUGGUAUUAGUGAUGCACUCCCUCACUGUAAUGGCAUAUUUAACCUCCAGGCAGCUGAAAGAGUCUGGCUUAAAACAGCUAAAAGAGCUGUAUGCUCAUUCUGUCCACUAUUUUCAUGUAAUUUAGUCUCUCUGCAAUCCACACCGACCUCCACGUUCUGACAUAUUUAACAGUGAAAAUGAAGUCCAUAUAAUUUCAUUUCAAUUCUGAUUUCUGCCCUUCAUUUGUACAUAAGAUGAAAGUAGUAAGGGAACAUUCUGUGGUAUGCUAAUGCUCAUGUGUAGUGUGUUUAAACUUCCAGUGUAUAAGCUAAGCAUUAUAUGUGCAAUAGCAUUUGGGGCAUGUAAUAAAGUAUCUAAGAUCCAUUUUCAAAAGAUCCUUUCUUUGACGUUCCAUUUUCCUAACAAGUACAGUGGGUUUAUAUUUACUUUUGUAAUUUUUACUGCUGCUUUCAAAUAAAGAAACCACGGGAGUACUAAAAGUCUCCUCUUUUUCGGAUGGCUAAACAAAAUACUUGUGAAAGCUUUCUUCGACGUACCAAACUGCAGGAACAUACUUUCAAGGUGACCCAGAACUCACAUAAGAAAUUUUAGCUAUUAGUAAUACGCGAUCUAAAUAAUAUAAAUGUUCAGCAGAGGAUGGACGCUUCAAGUGAGGAAACGGUAUUGAACAAGAGCAGCACGACAAUAGAUCUUGGCAGCUGGCAGUGAGAUGUGGUGUGUGCAUUUUGCACAAGUUAAUAUUUGGACAGGUUUCUGUGUAUUAGACUAUGUAUUUCCUAUUACUGCUCAGUAGAUGCACUACGAAUUUACCCUUUGGAUAAGGCAAUAACUUUAUAAAGAAGCACUAGCUUGAAAGAAUGUAAGAAUGGGCUUGUUGGUGGUGAUACAUGGUGAAACUUUUCAUUGCAUUUGAUUUUGCUUUGUCGGCCCAGCCAGGACUCUCAGCGCCUGCGCGCACUGUUCAACGUAUAUGUUCCGCCUCUGUUGAAUAAACAUUCUGUUGGAAGUAAGCGCAUCAUCCAGUCACA